AUGGCGAUAGGGAAAAAAGAUGAGGGUCCCAUGAACCCCGUAUUUCUCUUCUCCCAUGGCUCAACUAUGAUGCUCGGCGAGGAGAGCAACUCGGCCACCUACUGGAAAAAGUGCGGCGAUGAAGCUCGCGCUCGGGGGAUCGAGCACGUUGUCAUGAUGGGUGCACACUGGGCUACAAACAGCCCCGGCGAGGUUCUCAUCUCAGCGAACCCCAAGCCCGCCAAAUCCCCAGUCGCGUUCGUAAACCCCAACAAGUACCAGUCCUAUGAGCUCAACCCGGACAUCGACUUCAUCCCCACGAUCCAGGCGCACUUCAACGCCGCCGGCAUCCGUUGGAAGACGGACCCGACAUUUGACUGGAUCCACGACACCUACCUCGUCCUCAUUCGCAUGUUCCCCGCUGGUUGCCCGCCCACGACCCUGAUCUCCAUGAACGAUUACUAUGACCCUCACUUCCACAUCGCCAUCGGUGCCGCUCUACGACCCCUCAGAGCUGCAAAGCACAAGACCCUCUUCAUCGGUUCCGGCGGGUCGGUGCACAACCUCUUCCGGAACGUCUGGGCGCCCAUGCUCAGCUACCGCGACAACUUUGCCCAGCCAACCCCGCCGGAAGCGUGGGCGAUGGACUUCCGCCAGGAGGUCAUCGACACGUUCUGCCCCGCCUACGAGGACGACGUCCCCGUUGACAAGGAUGCGUACGGCAAGACCAUCCGCGGCAAGAAGCCGUGUGGAGGGCCGAUGUUGCGACGGAAGGCAACGAGCCUGAUGAAGCACCCCAUGUACCGUGAAGCGCAUGCGACGGACGACCAUUUCAUGGCGACCAUGUUCGUGGCCGGGCUAUGUGGGGGGCGGGGUGACGUGAACAUGAAAGCUGAGAUGGCCGCCGAGGACUGGGAACUCACCAACAUGUGCAAUUCCCAGUUCAUCAUCGGCAGCUGGCCCGAGACAAAGUGA